CUUGUUUCAACGGAUCACCUAAGGUUGAGGUGUGAAGGAGAUUAACAGACAGCUUGCACUGUGCUGGGACAGCACGUAGCAUCUGACAUGUCAAGGGCAGCAGCGCAAGGUCUAGGCAAGGCUCUGCGUGCUGCAACGAAUAACGGGUUGGGACAACAAUACAUUCUACCACAGUCAGCUGUAUCUCAGCAGUUCAUAAGGCAACAUGGGGGUGGGGUGCCAGAGUUCUGGGGAAAGGAUUCUCCAUACCACCCAGGAACCGACUUCCUUGGGACCCCAAAGGAUCACCUUGACCGCGUGAAGCACCGUCCAGUCUCACCUCAUGUGUUUGAAGAGGGCGGCACCAAAUUCCACUACAACAUGCCAAUUAACGCCAUCACCUCAAUCAUGAACAGAGCGACCGGCGUCGCGCUCACUGUUGGCUUCACUGGGGCUGGGUGGAUCGCGCUGACUGGCGACUUGCCAGCCACGAUUGAAGCCAUAAAGUCCACGUCACCGCUGAUCCUGUACCCCUUCAAGGCUGCAGUUGCUUUCCCCCUGGUCUACCAUUACCUGGGUGGCGUUAGGCAUGUCUUCUGGGACAAGGCCAAAUAUGGGAACCAGGCGGACAAGAGCAGCCCCCUGGAGAACAGUGCGGUGGACAGAUCAUCCAAGCUUCUAGUUGGUGCCAGCGCCAUUGGCACCUUGGCCCUCACCGUGGCGUCUUUCUGAGUGCACAUUGUGUUCAUGUCAGUGUUUAGGUUGAAGCGAUGAUUUUAUCAGCUCUCUUGUACCUGUCCAGUUGUCCCUGCACAUGCAUGCACAUGCCUAUUGGCAGAUAUAUGUCCUUCUCCAUGGAGGCCAUGGUGGCCACACAAAUGUCUGAAGGCCUGGCUUUGAUCAAUCUUUUGGCUUGGCUGUAGCUGCAUUUUAAUAAAAAGGUACUGCCUUGUGUCCAUCAUGUUUCCGUUAUUCUUGUAAAGAGUCAAAAGCAU